AUGGUGUCUAACGAAACAACAUCAAGCUCAAAUCUCAAAGCAAAGCCCAAAAUUAUAAGACCUGCGAGAGUGCAAGUUGAUCCUUCAAUUAUAGAUCAAAAUGACAAACCAGAACAAAAUGGGAAUAUAUUUAAUAUUUGGUAUUAUAAUUGGGGAGAAAAAGAUCGUUAUGCUAAAAAAUCACCCUUUAGAUGCAAUAUUAAACAAGAUAGUGGAUAUACAUUAGCAGAUGAUUCGAACUCUUUAAUUUUUUGUUUAUAUUUUGCUAGAGGAUGUUGUUUUAAAGGAAAAGAGUGUGAAUAUUUGCACAGGUUGCCGGAUCCAAUGAGUGAUUCCAUUAAUAUUCCACAAACUUUGGAUUGCUUUGGAAGAGAAAAGUUCAGUGAUUAUCGAGAUGAUAUGGGAGGUGUUGGAAAUUUCCGAAUACCCAAUCGAACAUUGUAUAUUGGACAAAUUAGAAUGCCUGACAACUCUGAAAAGAGUUUGGAUGAGAUUUUGUACCAAAAUUUCAAAGAAUGGGGUAAGAUUGAGAGAAUGAAUAUUAUCAAUGAUAAAAAUUGUGCUUUUAUUACGUAUGAGCAUGAAUUGAGUGCACAAUUUGCUAAAGAAGCUAUGGCACAUCAAUCUUUAAUAAAUGUGAAGAAAAAUCAUGGGAAUAAAUCUGCUAUUAGUGCCAUUAAUACUAAUAGUACCAUUAGCAGUUAUAAUAGUACUACUAAUAAUAAUAAUGAAUGUUUAAAUGUUAGAUGGGCUAAUGAAGAUCCAAAUCCAAGAGCUAAAAUAAGAAAUGAGAAAUAUUUACAAAAACAAGCGAUUGACACCGUUAAACAGAUAUUAAAUAGAAUGGAUGGAAAGUAUGAAGAUUCUAAGAAUGGUGGAGAAAGUAAAAAGGUGGUAGAAGAAGCCAAGCCAAAGAGGAAAAGAAUAUUAGAUGAAGAAGGAAAAGGAAAGGAAAAGGAAAAGGAAAAAGAUAAAAAUGAAAUGAAUGACAAUCGGUAUAAAAAACAAAAAAUGAUACAGCCACUUGAGAAAGGUAAUGCUGUGACAAAGUUUAAGAAUGAAUUAAAAGAGAUAAAGAAUGAGAAUGAGAAUGAGAAUGAGAAUGAGAAUAAGAAAAAGAACAAGAAUAAGAAUAAGAACAAGAACAAGAACAAGAACAAGAAAGAGGGAAAUAAAGAUAAAAAUAAAAUGGAAAUUGAGAGUAUAUUAGAUGAAAUUGGUUGUGAGAAAGAUAAAAUUGAUAAGCAAAUUAAUGAAUUAAAGAAAUUAAGUAAAGCUAAUCUUGAGAUGUCGGAGAAAAUACAUGAGAAUAAAUCGAAAGAAAGUGAUAAAUUAGCAGUAUCACUGGAAUCACUUUCUGAUUCUCCUCCUAGAUUGGAUGAUGAUAAGAAGAUGUUUAGAUUCAAAGAAUCUUCUACAGAUAUAAGCGCCAGAUAUUAUUCAUCGUCUGAGAAAAGUACUUCAUAUGCUGAGUCUGGAGGCGAAACUGGAAUGAUUAAUCUUGGUGGAUAUGAGAGUGAUUAUGAGGAAGAAAAAGUGGAAAAGAAGGAUGAGAAUUCAGAUAUAAGUGUGGAUAUAGACGAUUGGGAAAGUGGGAAAAAGAGAGCAGUUGCGAAGUUAACACGAGAUGAAGAAGAGGCUAUGGUUGAAGAUUUGUUUGGAAUUAAGAGUAUGAUUAGUGGGUAUAAUGGGGGAAGCAAUGGUGGUAAAAAGGAUAUUAGUGAUGGUAGUGAAGAUGGUGAAAGUGAAGAGAGAAUAAGUUGA